AUGGACAACACAAAUCUCGGUGCGAUCUUUGCGGAAGACCAGAACAUCCAAGACGAGCAGGGCGCUGAUCAGCAACCUCAAGUCGAAGGAAACGAGGAGCCUCAGCCAACUGGCAUGAACGCGCAGGCCGAUGAGACGAUCGACUGGGAUGCACUAGACUGGGGCAUCUUCGACAAUCUCCCACUGCAGGCCCAUGUCAACAACCCGAUCGGUUUCCCCGAGAGAAUGCUGGUCACAAUACCUCCUGGGGCCAGUGUUCAAAGACGGGUGCAUGUGAGCCCGCAAAUUACCCGUGAAGGAUACCUGAUCCAGAUGCAGCUCUACGCUGGCAUCCUCCCUACCGACCUCCAGCAUUCUCAGGUACGCCAAGUGCCACCAGUAGUGCCACGCACGCCCAUUCAAGUCGGCCAGCGGACCCGUGAAGGACAGGUCAAUCAAAUUUCGCAAGCGCGAUACACUGGCCUGCUGCCUCCGAUGGCACUGCGCUCAGAUCUUGCUGGGUCCGUUGAGACCGAGGCGUAUGUGCAGAUGCUGUCCUUGGAGGAGGAGCCGCUUCUGUUGAUGGUAAGUUCACUUUCACAUUUCCCUGGGACAAGCAUUGUGUACUGGCUUGCAAUGAUAGAAGCAAGAGGUUAA